AUGUAAGCGAUAUAAAGCGAAACAUACGAUUUUUCUGCAAAACCAAAAUUAAUCUAACCUCAUUAAAAAUAUAGAGAAAAUUUAAACGAUAAUGAUCAAUUUCAAAAUUUAAUGUUUGAAAAAAGAGUUGUAAGAGGUAAUACAUAUGCAAGGGUUGUAUCUUCUAGAGAUGAUGAAAUAAUGAAUACAAAAUAAUAAACUAGCAUAUAAAAAAAAUAACAAGUUUAAAUUAUUAAAACUUAAAAAGAUUAAAAGCAAAAUUAUUUUGAACCUGGUACUCCAAAAGCUCUAGCAGGAAGAUAAAAUUUCGGAGUAUAAACUGAUGAAUACAUAGAAACAUUAACUGAUAAACCCCCAGAGUACGAGAAAGAUACAUAAACGGAAGUUUUCAUAGAUAGACCGAACGCAAGAUUAUUUUUUCCUUAAAAAGAUGGUAUUGAUCGUGAAACAUAAAUAUGGGAGGGAGAUUUAUUUGAUUUUGAUUAAGAAGUAGAGACUAUAUUAUAAGUGUUGAUAAAAAAAAUAUUAGAAAAUAGUAGAAUGGAAGUAUUAGAAGAGGAAGAACUUAAGACGAUGAAAGAAUAAUAAAAAUAAUUUGAAUAAAUUAGAAAUGUUGAAUUAGCAGAAGUUUAAAGACUUGAAGCAAAAGAAAAGAGAAUUUAAGAUGAAAAUGAAAGGAGAAAAAUAUAAUAUGAUAAGAAAAAAGAAAUAAAUAUAUUAUCACAUAAAAAACUUGUUGCUAGAAAUAUAAGCAAAAAUCAUUUAUAUUAUUUAAAAAAUAAUACAAUUAAUAUGUUAGAAGAUUAAGGUGUAUUCAGAAAACCUUUAGAAAUGGCUUUAUAUGAUUAGUUUGAACCAUGGCUUUAUUAAAAUAUUAUUAAAGAAUUAAUAAGAGUUGAAAAAAUAGAAAAUUAAUUGGAAGUUGGAUUAAUUGGUGGACUAAUUGGUGAAUAUUUACUUUUUUUAUAAGCAUUAACAUAAUCUUCUGUUUAAGAAGUGGUAAUAUAAGCGUCUGAAAUUUUAUUAAAUUCUGAAAAAUUUAUUGAAAAUUUUAAAAUAUUGCUUUAAUCAAUAGAAGGUUCAAUUGAUUUUCCUUUGAAUAUUUAAGUAGAAGAUAUUUUGGCAUAAAGGGAAUUAAAUUUGAAUAAUAUUUUCACAGCUAAUCAGUAAAAAUAAUAAGAACUAAUUCCUAUUUUGUAAAGUAAUGUUUAAUCGGUUAUUUUAAAUAUAAUAUAAGCUAAUGAAAAUAUUUUUGGAUUAUAAGAAAGUACAAUCGAAUAAAUUAAUUAAUAUCUUAUUAACGGAAUUUUUAAAGAAGAAGCUUUGUAACAAAAAAUAAAGUUUUGCUUUGUAAAAAGCUAAGAAAAUAUUAAAUAAGUUGCUUUGUUGAAAAUAAAACCCAAUUUAGAAAAUUUAUAAUUAAAUCCUUUAUCAAGUAGAAUUGAGGAAAAAUAGGAAGAGUAAUCAAUAAUACCGAUUAAUUUAGCUGAUAGUGUACUUGAAAAUAAGGCAAGUGUUUUUGUAUAGAAAGAAGAAGAUUUGGAAGUGUUUGUUUAGCAUUGUGUGGCUGAAUAAUUUAUUAGAUAAUAGAUACUGAAGAUAUGUUUAACAAAUGUUGAAGGAAGGGAAUAAUUUUUAUUAUUUGAAAGUGUUGAAAUUAUGGAGAAUUUACAAAAGAUGGCUUUAAAUAUUCUAUGGGAAAAUUUACCUUAAUUCGAUAUAGGAACUUAUUGA